CCAGAUGACCCAAGUCAUCCGGUGAAGGUCGCCCUUCGUACAUAUUCUCUCAGCCUAUCUCUCUCCCUUGGUCCUGCACUACUCCCAGUUGCUCUUACCCUCGUCAAUCGUUCAUCCAGCCUGGAAACUCGUUUGGGUUCAUUCAGGCGCGUGUUGAGGCGCGAAGUGGGCCUUACAGGAUUUCCGUUCGCCAUCACAGUAGCCAUUUGUGGUGGAAUUGCAUUGAAGCACCUCUUGGAAGCAAUAGGUGUCCACAAUGUCGAUAAACAAGACGAUCCAGAAGUUCGACAACAGCCAGUGAUGGCUUCCACAUUACAACGACGCGCAACAGUCCUAUCGCUUGCAGCUCAAGCAUGCUCAGGCAUGUCCAACUCAACGCCCUCUCAGAAAGCGUUCCUGUCAAAUAUCUUGUCCUCGACAAUCGCGUUGUUCUUGCUCCAAAGAACUCGACUAUCCAAAGCAGGGUCGCGUCAACCAUUCUCAACCAUUGGAUUAACGCUCUUAUUUUUCUGUCGUGCAACCGACGCAAUCAUGCAGCAUUUCUUGUUCGUGACAUCAGCCCGGAAAGCUGACCUAUUCAACAUUUCCUCAAAUCGAUCGAAGCCAGCUGGACCAUCUACUGAUUUACUACUGCCUGCUGAAGGCGAUGGAAAAACCAAGAAAUAUAAUCGAAGUAUAGCUGUAUGGCUGGACGCCGUUGUAUUUUGGGCCUGCAGUGCUAGAAUCAUGUGGUGUUUCUUCUACCAGCCACAUAGACUUCCCCCUUCUUACGUGAAAUGGAUAUCAUCCCUAGCCAACCUAGACAAACGGCUGUUGGACGCCUUGCGUGUUAUGCGUUCUAAAGAAUGGGUCUAUGGGCACAGUUCCUCCCAUUCUCACCUCUUGAUGUCUUAUGCCAAGGACCGCGGAUACCCUUCAUCUUGGGGCAAUCCACAUGUCUUGCCUGCAUGUGGUACAGGUGCAGAUGUAGUCUGGAAGGCGCUUGGCGUGCCUGGCCGGGGUGGUGUGGGCGGAUUGCCCUGCGAGCUCCUGCAUUCCCGUGUUACAACGCGGUGGGGUCUCGACAACAGCUGUUUCGCAAAUGUUGGUGUGAGAUUUUCCCUAGCGUUCAUUGAGGCUAUGGCUCUAUACCUGCCUGUUCACUUUCUUCCUCUCCUUUUUACUCGCCCUAGCACCAUCUUCCAGCGUCAUCGUGCCAUUCCCGCUCUCCUGGCUGCGAUCCGCAGUGCGACAUUCCUCUCCACUUUCCUGUCGUCAUAUUUCUUCGCUGCCUGUCUCACACGUACCUUAGUGCUGGCAAAGCUGUUCCCAUGGAUCCCUCAUGACGUGUGGGAUGGGCCAUACGGUAGUAUUCUCGUGGGAUCGCUCACGUGCGGUUGGAGUAUACUCAUUGAAAACACGCGGAGAAGGGGGGAGAUGGCGUUAUAUGUGUUGCCCAGAGCCGUUAAAGCAUUUUUACCGGCCAAAUGGACUGCAGGUAAUCAUGCUGGUGCUAGGCUAGCUGAGCGAAUCGUAUUUGUUCUGUCGCUGGCUUCACUGCUCACUUUUGCAGUCCAUGAGCCAGAAUCUCUGAGAGGUCUGUCGCGAUGGACCCUCGCUUUUGUCAUGAAAGGGUCAAAUGCUGAGUUCUGGAAGAAACGUAAAGAACAGAUUGAGACUUGUCCUCGGACGCCUAUCUCUCCGUCCUCCAACUCAAUCUCCACGCAAAGCGUCGAUCGUUUGUAAGACGUUCCACAAUGCCAACUUAAUCCGCGGCAAUCCAACUCUGGGACUGGAAUAUUUUGGGAGAGUUUGCUCAUGUCGCUACCAAUCUUUGAUCUAGAUCAUGCCCUUUUUCCCGCGUACUUUACGAUCUUCGCCCAGAUAUACUCCUGAUUAUACCAUAAAAACAUUUCCAGUCAAUAUCCUUACGCAUCUCCGAUUGUCUCGCUUACAUUUUGCUAACUAGCUGCUCCAAAGGUGUAACAUGUGAUCGUAGAAUGAGCAACUCCCGAUCAAUGUCUCCCCAUCUACACCUGGAGGAGCAAAUGACCAGUCUGCGCC